AUUUGUCACUUGUCGCGUUUGGUUUAGUAAUUUAAAGUAAGCGGAAAAUUGUAGCGCAUAUCAUUUUAUUGCAAAUUAUUUCAUAAAACUUAUAUAAAUUUCGGCACUCUACAGAUUGAUUCCAUCAUUUAUAAUACAAACUCAAUGCAAUCAAUUACAAGUGGCAGAAACUAAAAAAACAUUAUUUUAUUAAAACUUCUUAAAACAUUUAUUACAAAAAUAAAAAUUCUAAUUGGAAAUAUUUCCAAGUGUUAAAAGAAAGCGGCAAAAAAUUUUUUUUGAAAAAUUGCCAACACACAAAUUUUAAGUUAUGCGAAAUUCUAUAGAAAUUGUUGUUGAACAGAAAGAGCAGUAAAGCAAAAGAAGAAAUAGUUUUAAUAAAUUGUGUGUUAAACAAGAGAAAACUAAAUAAAUAAGUUAAAAAAAAGGCAGCUAAAUAGCAAACAAUACAAAAAGAAAUUUAUUCUUCUCUAUAAACGUCACUAGUUGCUGUUUCUGUUUUGUGAUGCAAAUUCGUGUGCAUAAAUUUCUAAACAGUUGUUGAAAGUGGAAUAAUAAGAAAAAUUAACUAAAAAGAAUUAAUGAUAAACAAUUGCGUUUACAAAGACGAUAAAUAAGUAAAUAACGGAAUUUUGCAAAAUUUUUGGUGUUUUCUUAAAGAUUUGUUAUUGUGCAAAGAAAACGAAAAGUUACAACGUGAAUGUCUUCCACAAGUAAUCAAAGACAAAAAGCUUCCUCACAGUAUCCCACGUAUCAGCCGAUACCACAAACUGUUGGCAGUAGCAUGGAUAAUCCAGCCAUGACUCGCAGCACCAGUAGUGCGGACGAUUCUUUGGAUCGUACUGGUGCCGGCACUCUACCCUCCACAUAUUCAUCACAACAGCUUAUGCCGCCUUCGGAUAGUGACAGUGUAGAAGAAGGUGACAGACUGGGCGGUGGGACAACACCAACAACUAAUUGUGCUCCAGGAACCGUGCGCUGUAUUACACGCAGUCAAUGGUUCACAGUCGGCGUUUUAUGUUUUGUUAAUCUAAUUAACUACAUGGAUCGUUUUACAAUAGCUGGUGUAUUGGAAGAUAUACAAGGCGAUUUCGGCAUCGGUGAUGACGAUGCUGGUCUUUUACAGACAGUAUUUGUUUUAUCCUAUAUGGUGUGUGCACCUAUAUUUGGCUACUUAGGUGACCGCUACUCAAGGCGAUGGAUAAUGGCUAUCGGUGUGCUGCUGUGGUCUACCACCACUUUGCUGGGAUCGUUUAUGAACAAUUUCGGUUGGUUUAUAACAUUCCGAGCUUUAGUGGGAAUUGGUGAGGCCUCUUAUAGUACCAUAGCACCUACAAUAAUUUCGGAUUUAUUUGUGCACGAUUUACGUUCUAAAAUGUUGGCAGUAUUUUAUUUUGCCAUACCAGUCGGUUCAGGUUUUGGUUAUAUUGUGGGUUCGGAAACAGCUCAUUUAGCUGGCAAUUGGCGUUGGGCUUUACGUGUUACACCUAUUUUGGGAAUUGCUGCUGUGAUAUUCAUUUGGUUGAUCAAAGAUCCCGAACGUGGGGAAAGUGAAGGAUCUCACAACUUGUCCACCACCACCUACGGAGAGGAUGUAAAAUAUUUAAUGAAAAAUAAGUCGUUCAUGUUAUCAACAGCUGGUUUUACAUGUGUAGCAUUUGUGGCUGGUGCUUUGGCCUGGUGGGCACCCAAAUUCAUUUUCCUCGGUCUUAAAAUGCAACCUGGCAAUGAAAAUCUAAUACAAAACGACGUAUCGUACAAGUUUGGCAUGAUUACCAUGUUAGCUGGCCUAAUUGGUGUACCCUUGGGCUCAGUGUUAGCACAACGUUUGCGAACACAAAUUGAGAAUUGUGAUCCCUAUAUAUGUGCGGCUGGACUACUGAUAUCAGCUCCCAUGGCGUAUAUGGCCAUAGUGUUACCACAGACUAGUUCUACACUAUGUUUCCUGUUUAUUUUUGGUUCUCAAGUAGCAUUGAAUUUAUGUUGGUCCAUUGUAGCGGAUAUAUUGUUGUAUGUGGUUGUUCCAACACGCAGAUCAACAGCUGAAGCAUUCCAAAUCUUAAUAUCACAUGCCUUAGGUGAUGCUGGUAGUCCGUACUUGGUUGGAGUGCUCUCUGAAGCAAUUAAAAAACAUUUACGCACAACUGCCCAUAGAGCCUCGGAAUUAGUAAGCAGUGGUAGUUUAGAAAGUUUAUCAUUAACAUUGGGUGAAGUUUUCAAUUCAACAACAACGACAACUGAAGCAUCAUCAGUAAUUAUGCCCUCAACAACACUGUCAAUGGAGUCACAAAAUUUGGCUUUAACAGAGGAUACUGACUUAAUAAAAUUCGAAGCUUUACAAUACUCUCUUUUCUCAACAAGUUUCGUUGAGGUUAUUGGUGGUAUUUUCUUCCUUAUAACUGCUGCCUUUAUUAUUAAGGAUAAAAAUAAAGCUAGUCAAGCUAUUCGUGUUUUCGAAUUAAAAAAGAUUAGUAUUGUAAAUGAUACAAAUAAAAUUGAAUCGGACGAUUCAUCAUCUUGUUCAGAGAAAACUGAAAUUUAAUAGAUUUUAAAAGUUUUUCAAAAAUAUAAAAACCUUUAGAGGGUCAUCAAGCUGUGCCAGUUAGUCCUGUUGACAUCAAUGAAAUUUCAUAAAUUUCAGUUUGACAAACAAACCAUUUUUGAAUAAGAAUUCAAAACAAAGAAUUUGAUCAUUUUCAAGUGUACAUUUCAAUGGUAGAAUGUAUACUGGAAUAUUGAUAUCGACUGAUGAAAAUAUUAUAUAAUUAUAUAUAUACACACAUAUUACGAUAACAAAACAAAAAGAAAAAAAAAACAAACAAAUCAAAAUCAUUAAUUAUGGAUUAAUUUAAAAUUGUAUUGUUUUAACAUAUUUUGUUUCUACUCAUCUUGAGCUGCAUCAUCAAAUGGGAUACUUAAAGACAUCUGAAUUUGUAUUGUUAAUUAUUAAGUAAUCACAUGAAAUCGUUAAGAAAUCAUCCUAUAUUGAUUAGACACAACAUAUUGAGCUUUAACUGGUAGAUAAAGUUAAAAAUACAGAAUGUUCGAGUGUGCCUCCGGUGCAUGUUCCUAAAAUGCAACAAAAACCUAUUGUUAGGAAGAAAAAAAGCGUAAGAACUAAAUGAAUAAAUAGAAAUACCUACCUAUACCAACCCCCGCAUCAUCGUCAUCAUUAUAUAUCUCUCACAUUUCUAAUUUUAAUUUAUCUCAAUUUAAUUUAAUUUUUUUACAAUUCUAAUUUAAUUAGUAGUAUUUUUUUAACUGUUAUUUUACAAAUUAUCUUGCUAUAUUUUUUCUUAUUAUUAUUAUUUUUAUUAUGUGUAAUAGUCAUAGUUGGAGUAAGAGAAAUAAUCUGUUAGUAUUAAUUAUAAAUAUUUGCCAGAUCACACAAAUACAGCCGUUUUUAUUGUGUAGAAUUCAGAAAAUUAUAAUUAUUAAAUGAAAAAUGCAAAAAAUUCUAAUUGAAUUUAAUAUUGAAAAAAUUAAGGCUGAUGAGUUAUUUUCAAAUAAACUGGAUUUGUUUGAAAAAUAAAUAUACAGAAAAUGUAUUUUCGAACUUCUAUUCCAUGAAAGAGAACUUGUUAUAUAGUUUUAAUGUAAAAUCCCAUUGGGUUUAUUGGAUACUAAAUAAAUUUUUGUAAACAUUUUUAAUUUAAA